CCAUCCUGCUAGAUGCCCAUGAGAUCGACUCUGCGGGAACUUGGGAAGAGGACUCCGCUCGCGCUACCAAUAUAGACCGACCCAAGCCAGCGGGUAAGGCAGGCCCAAAAUGGCAGCCUCCAACUAUGUCACCAGGCAGUACGCCUCUGAAGCUUUUGUCGAGAGCUGCGGCGCAAUCCCCUUCGACUUGUCCAAGGACCCGGCAAGGAUCUGCCUGAUUCAUUACCUAUCCACAGACGAAUGGCUCCUGGCCAAGGGCAGACGCAAUUGCGGCGAGUCGAGGCACGAGGCAGCCUUACGAGAGGUGCUUGAGGAGACGGGCUUCCGCUGCCGACUUCUGCCUGUUGAUAUGGCCACGCGGGCGACGGGACCGGAUGACGAUGCAAAUGUCCCAGAUCAAGCAGCCGCGCGUCGAGGACUCACGGAGCCGUUUAUGCUGACGAUGCGAGAUGUUGAUGGGGGAUCUGGGGUGAAACUCAUCUGGUGGUAUGUUGCAACUCUCGAGGAGGGAGAGGGAACAGAGGCGGUUGGUGGGGAGGCUCAGUUCAGUGCGAGCUUCUUUAGUCUUGAUGAAGCUGUGCAAAGACUGACCUUUGAGGAUGACCGAAACGUUCUGAGGAAGGCCAUCCAAAUUGUCAAACAAACAGCUCUUGGGUCAUAGGCAGCCAAAUUCGGUCAAGCACCAUCUUCUACCUACCUCAUG